AUGGAUGCAAACAGGGCUUUCGUAGAAGCUCCCAGUGAGGGAACCACUUGUCUCUUGGCUUCAACAAGCACAGCAACUGUGACCGAAGCCAGAGUGGGUCCGACUUUCCUCCCCCCAGAUGCCAACAGCAGGGCCUCCCAAUGUGGGGAUCAAAGCGAAAGCUCACUGUCGCUAAACGAUGAAUCUAUUUCGAAUGCCGAACUGUUGUGCCUUGUACGAAACCUCGGAAAGAAAGUCAGUGAUUUGGAAGCCGAGAACCAGAAGUUGCACUUGGCAAUGGCUGCAUGUAGUUCAUUAGCUGCUUCGAAAGGUCGACAGUCCGUGUCACCCGCUCGGCAGCGCACCAUGCCAAGUCAAAUCAGUUCUACAUGUACGAAUCCCUCUCCAGGUGGAUCAGGGACAUCUGUUGGAAGUGCUAGUGCUAUGAACAAGUCAAUGGCACACGAAAGCUACAGCUCCUGUCCCUGGGUCAGUCCACCUUAUCCACAAAUGUUCCCAUAUCAUGCACUUGGCGGCAGCGUCGGUCCCCAAUGGAGCCAUUCUGUCAACGAAACCAGUGCGUCUUCGAUUGAUCGCACAAGGCGCGGCUGGUCUCAUCAGACUUCUGACAAUGAAAGCGGUGGCAGCAACAGCACAAAGCCAAGCUCGGCCGUCCGCCUCAUCAAAGAAGAAGUUCGCGGGUGCAACCAUCUUCCAGCAUGGAACGAAACGCUGGAAACCAAGGAAGUCAUCAAGGGAAAUGGAUUUGGCAGCAGCGCAGCUCGAUCGAACGAACCAGUGUCCUCUGAAGGAUCUUCCCUGGUAUUGUUGCGCCCGGAAGAGAUGCGCGAAUACACUGACGAGGAACUGAAACAGGUACAACUUCGGCCUUUUCCUAGUCGGCUCUUCAUCACCGAAGACAAGAUGGAGUGGGACACUGGGGGACUCAGAACUCGGCAUACUGAUGAUCACGCUCAUACUUCAAGCUUCACUCAGUUGCGAGAUGCCUUCAAGGCUGAUGCCAUCACGAAGAAUACGACUGCGGCCAAGUACGCGCUCACAGAAUUGCUUGACAUGUGCAUGGGGAUGGAAGAAAGUGAAUACUACAGCUUUGCUUGCACUCUCGCCUCUGCCUUUUCCGAGGAGGCAACGAACACAGAAUUCGAAGAGAGCUUGCUCAUGCACGAGGCCCGCAUGAAUGCCCUUGAAGAGGCCAGACAGACGAUCAAAAUGACACAGCCGCAGCUAACUCGACAUGAACGCGAGGGAUCCCUGUUGAGACAUCAAAGAGAGCGGGCAAGAAACAGAUUCGUGCAGCUGCUACGCAUUGUUUUCGCCAAACUGAAGCUGAAGAUGCUGCUGGUGGAUAAAUCAAAACUCAACACGUACCGAUUGGUUCUUUGCAUGACAAAAUACAAUUGCAACCGACUCCCUUUCUUCUUCGCCAUCUUUCCUUUCUAUUUCAAGACUUGUGCUUGUUCCUAUUUGACCCUAAGCCUCUUAUCAUUGAAUGAAGGAGAGUGGCUUGGGACCAAUGAUCAGUGGUCAUCGACAGUUGCUCAGAAUUACGGUUUGGCCUUGGGCGUACUUUUGUACGGGUUACUCGUUGCACAACAAGAGAUCGAGAGCACGCAGGAAGUCUUCCAGUAUCUGUACAUGUACCGGCAUCGAUCUGGAACGUUUUUGCUUGGAGCUAUGGAUUUCCUUUCAAGCGUGGUUCUACCCAUAUACGUCGCCAUGUGCGGUUCGCUUGUGGUUCUAGCAUCAGAAACGUUUCGCGACUGCGUUGUCAACUCGGUGGCGAUUCUCUUCAUUACGUUGAUUGAUGAUCAACUACCGCGGUUGCUUGACUUACGCACUAGGGGAAUUGUGCAGGGAUAUCUCAUUGAUCAGGCCAUCGAAGAGUAUGAAGGAUCGGAUCUCGACAAGCCGCAACUGAUGCCCGAAUUUGGAGACAUGUUGCUCACGAACACCGAGGAGAGUGGUCGCUCCUUCCAACCCUAUGAGUUCUUCGACGGGCAACGUGAGUUUCCGGGAGGAACCCGGUAUACCGGUAUUCAACAACCACACAGCAAAACUACUUGUAGUGAUCAGGUUGCCAAAAGGAGUUCCGUGACAGCACAUUGUUUACUUCGAAAAGUUGAAUGGCAGUACGCGAAAGCACCAGAUCACACUACUCAGCCACAGAUUGGACACCUGCGUCUAACCAAGCUGAUGGAUGGCAGCACCAUCAAUUUCGUUGGAAGACAGAAGGAGUCGGACGAAGCAAAGAAAACAUUUUUCUCACUCACAGGCGUCUACAUCAUCACCAAUUUCAGUUUGUCGGACGACAGCAUUCCUCGUCUCCGAAUAUGUGGAUCUCAGACGAUUGGAGCAUUUCUGGAUGCCUUUGAAUACUACAGCCUUUGGCCAUUGGAUACAGGCGCAAAAGCCCUCCUCAGCAGAUCAGAGAUUGCUCAUACGGCAGCAGAGUGGCGCGCCAGUGAAGCUGUUCUGUGUGGCCUCCCCCACCCCCAAGCGCCGACACAAUUUGCACCCAAUAGGUCGAGUGAAUCAAUGGAAGAGGGAGAAACUUUUUAUGCGGCAUUGGAUAAAUCGACUGACGAACAGCCGAACCAGGCAGGUUGA